AUGGAGACCGAGCUCAAACAUAUUGUAAUAGCCGUCAUGGGUGUGACUGGAGCAGGCAAGAGUCACUUCGUGCAGAGAGCCACCGGCGCCGAUGUGGAAAUCGGACAUUCGCAAGCAUCCUGCACACACGAGGUUGCAAACUUUGAUCUUAUUAUGCCGCCUUACCAUGUACACUUAGUAGACACUCCGGGUUUCGACGACUCUUUCAAGAACGAUGCCGAGAUCUUAGACGGUAUCGCAGAAUUUCUACGACAGGUACACGAUCAGCGAGGCAAGCUGUCUGGGAUUCUCUACCUCCACCAAAUCACCGAUGCCCGAAUGAGAGGCAGUGCCCUCAAAAAUCUGACCAUGUUUCAGAAAUUGAUGGGAACACGUGCGCUCACUAACUGUGUUCUGGUCACUACCAAGUGGGGAAAUGUUGAUAAAGCAGUAGGUCAGGCCCGAGAAGAGGAGUUGCUUCAAGAUGCGAGGUUCGGGUGGAAAAAUAUGGUUGCGAACCGUGCACAGGUUGCUAGAUUUGAGAAUACCUCUGAGUCUGCAAUCAGGAUCAUUCAAUCCGUUGCUUGUUUGAGGGAAUGCGUCCCUAAGCUGACGGAGGAGCUUUGCUACGACAAAAAGAAGCUGAAAGACACUGCUGCUGGAAGGGUAGUCAUUGAUACUUUGAAAGAACAACUUGCCGACAAACAAGCUGAAAUCGAACUCACCAAACAGCAGCAAGCGCAAGCGCUUCAUGAGAAAGACACUGAGUAUGCGAAACAGAUGCAAGAGCAGAGAGCUGUUCUCGAGGCUGAGAUGAAGAGGGUUCGGGAAGGUCAAGUGCUGAUGGAGCAGAGAGUGGAGGAAAUGAGACGAACUUCCGAGGCACGUGCAUUGGAGAUUCGUGCUGCCGAGAAAGAGCGUAGAAAACACUCUACCAAACGCACUGUCGGAAGAUGGGUUGGCGGGAUCCUUGGCACUGCUGCUAUUGUCGUUACUGGUGGAGUGGCCGCGCCUUUAGUUUUAGGUGCAGCGGCUGUGGCUGAAGGUGUGUAUCAUGAGGAGAAAGUCGAUGAUAGGAACAAGCUCGAUAGGUUGCAUGCUGCGGCUUAAGGUUGAUCUUAAAAGGC